AGUGACAGUGCUUGCCACACAUGUAUCGUACCCUUUUCGUUUCUGUCUUUGCGUUCUCCGAUACUGGCAUUGAAUUAUUUCAGGAAACAAGUAGAAUAAUAAGAGUAAUUUUAUACGACUUUUGUUCAAAGAUCAGCAAUAAAUUGUCCAGAGGAUAAAAUUAUCUUGAAAGCAACGCAGUUGGCAUCAUUCUCGGCCUGACCCAGGACGACAACAAACCUUAUCUUUGGUGUGACGUUUAUUACCAUUAGUAGGUGAAGAAUCCACUGAUUUCUCUGUAUAUUCCAAGGACGUGUGUGACCUCUCCAGAUGGCGGAGGGAUCAGAAGCUGAAGCAAAUUGCUCCAAAGAUGAUAGUGCCCCAGGGGGUAUCAAGAAAGACAAUACUAUGAAAAAUGAGGAGAAUAACAUAUCCACAGACAAGUCUGAUGGUGAUAAAAACAAGAAAUCAGAAGGAGAAACAAACAAGGGUGAAUCAUCUGGGCUUACUCCUAAAGGGGCAAAAUCACGGCAACGAAAUUAUCGGCCUAAGAGACCACCUUCUACUUCUUCAUCGUCAUCUGAUGAAAGAACUGUGUGUGAUAGUAAAGAAGAUAGACCUGUGAAAAUUAGUGAAAAAAAGACUAAUUCUGCUACUAAUGACAUUGGGAAGAAUGCCACUGUCAUUACCUCAGCACCCUCAGAGGAGGAAACAAGUGCUGACACCAGUCGUGAUACUGAGACAGAUCAUGUAGAGAUUGAACCAGCAAGCCCAUCUUCUAUGGAAACUGGUAGUGGAGCAAGUGCUGCCACAUCAAAUGAUGUAACAGGUGUGUACUAAGAACUAAGUGUAGACCUAUACAACAUGAGUAGGGGAGAUAUGUAUCCCUUGACACUACCUGUCCAUUGGGAAGCUUAAUUUAUUCAUUGAACUGCUUCAUAUGUCCCCUAAUAUUCUCUUCCUCUUACUUCUUACUUUACAUGCUCUACCUGU